AUGGCACAAGAAGCAAUAAAUCGUAAAGUGAUAGUAGAUGAAGCAAAAACAGAAGAUCAGCAAGGAAGCCCAAGGAUGGCUAGCACUGCACGGACAAUACAAUUUCCUCAAGCUCAAGCUAUUGAAAUUAACUCUGGUUUGCCAAUACUUAUAAAGGAAAUAGAUUCCGAAAAAUCAGUCAACAAGCGAGAGGCUCCAUCAUGUGAGGAAAUUUUAUUCAUUGACGGAAGUGAAAAAAGAAAGGAAAAAGGGGAGAAGAUGAAGAUGGUAAAUUCUCUUUUAAAUUUGGCUUAUGAACAGAAUGGAGCUGAUCCCAAAGACUCAUCUUCUGGGGCAUGGAUUAAUGAACAGAUCUCAGAUGAAGAGGCUGUUAACAAAGGAAUUUCCACUAAGCUAUCUUUGAUUAGGAAAAUCAGAGGCGUAUUUGGACGACAAUCCUACGUAUCCGAAGAUCCAUUCAGAGGCUGCAGUGUAUCACAUUCAAGUGAAUGCGCCAUUCUCUCUAAAGGUGGACCAAGAUCUCUGUUCACAGAUGUAUCUUCGGCCACAAAAGAAUAUUCAAAACUCAAUAAACAAUUGGAAGAUCAUCUAAAAAAGAUCGCCCCAUCAGCGCACGGCCAGCGUGAGAAGGAAUUUUCUGAAGUCUCAGCUCUUGAUAGUGGUCUGGAUGGCGGCGAAGGUCAGCAAUCGUGUCAGCAACGUCACCGCAUCUUCUCUACAAAAUCAUCUAAAAGUUUGGCCAGUCUUAGAUCAAUACAUGAAGUAUCGCCCAGUGAGGAGGCACCUUUUUGGCAGAAGAUAUACUGCGGCCCGAUCUUGGCAAGAGGGGAAAAGCAAGCAGAUAAAACCGGUGUUCAGACACAAAUAAGGUUGGCAAAGGUAAAUAUGCAGUAG